AUGUCUUCAACUACCGUUUGCCCACCGUACCACAGGGAUCUCUAUGUCUACGGGAUGCACAUUUUAUUCGUCGUUCAAACCCCGGUCCUUCUCUUCAUCAGCUACUGCGUCAAGUACAAGUCGACGCCCGCCAUGAACACCUUCAAAAUGAUGCUUCUUCAUCAGAUUGUAUGGUCAGUGGGCGGAAAAUGAAGAGGAAAAGGUGACCGGUUGAGAAGAAUAUUUUCUGGGAAGUAUUUUAGGGCUUCCUGAUCUUAAAACCGUUUUUAAAAUGGGCUUUGAUUCUUAAUGAAGUUACAACGCCCUAAAGUUUGAACUUCAAAAUUAAAAACCAAUUUUGGCGUCUUUGAAGCUUCAAAACUGUACUAAAAAGCGAAAAAAGCAGUUUUCCUCAAUUUAUUUCAAAACAGAAGGUUCUAAAGUACCUCACAGCUCAACCGGGAGCCGCUUCCCCUUCAAAUUUACCUCAAAAAAUUCAAAAUUCAGGCUCUUCAUAAAUCAGACAGUGAAAGCCCUGCUAGUUGUUCCCGUAACAGUCAGGCCAAUCGGCGGAAUUUCUUCCUAUGGAAUUUUAAACCUUUUGAAUGUACCACCCCAUGUUCAGUACCACUUGGAUACCAGCGUUUUGGGAGGUAUUAAAAUGUUUUUUUAUAGAAAAUUUAAAAAAACUUCCAGGAGUUGUCGCUUCGACCAUUUCCCUGCUGGAGAAUCGGUUCUACUGCUAUCAGCCGCCAAAUUCCAUGUUCAAAAUCUCCGACAAAGCCCGCGCAGUUAUUUACGUCACGAGACUGGUUCUUUUCACAAACCUCGCUUUGCCACUCACCAUGUUCACAAAUGACGAUCAGAAUUCGAUCAAGGAGAAGUUUGCUAAGGUAAUUUAUCGAUAAAAUUGAAUAAAAAAACGAAUUCACUUUUUCAAUACCAAUUAAUUUUUUGCAAGAAAAAAACGAGGUGAAAUUUUUUUUUCCAACUCUGAGGAGCUCUUAACGUACGAAAACAAACUUUUUACCAAUAAGAAAACGAAAAAGUUCUUCAAAUAAUUUUUUUUCAAUGAAAUUCCCACAAAAUGCAAGGAGUGCGCGAUUUCCACAGCAAGUGCCGCACAGUUCAUUCUUUUUUUUCCAAAUUGUCCUCCUAAUUUUUUUCUUUCUUUUUGUUAUUUUUUUUUUUCUUGAAUUGCGUAUUAUUUCAGAUUCUGCCAUGUUUUGCUGUGGAACUAUACCGAAAUGAGACCUUUUUCUACGCUGAAAACGUGUACGCGCUGUACAAGUACCUGAGCAUCGGCGUUGUCUCUUUUGGGAUUUUCGAGACAUUAUUCUACGCUUUUGGCGUCGUAUGGUUCGUUGUUUCUCUUAAUACUUUUUAAACUAUUCGUGUUUCAGGAUUCUAAGAAAAUCCAGCGAAGAGUUGAUGAUUUCUGAGGCGACGAAGCAGCUUCAGAAAAAGUUUUUCCGUGCCAUUUUGGUUCAGGUGAAUUGAUUCAUUUUUUAGUUUUUCAGUAAUUCAUGUUUCAGGAAAUUGCUCCGUGGCUCAUCGCCUACCAACCACAGAAUUUCAUCAUAAUUUUCGGCAGUAUUACGGGUCAAGGGAGCUUGAGUAAGUUUUUUAGUUUUCUCCGGUGACAAAAGAAAAAAACGCUAUCCACGUAGUUCAUCAAAUUAUACAUUAGAAGUUUCAGGUAUGUGAUUAUAAAAAAAACGUUCCAUAUUCUUUGAAUUUUCGUCGAAAGGGUUCAUUAAAAAUAGAAUGUUUGGAGUUUGCAAAGGGGUGUAAUCGGCUAAUUUUUGUCAUCAAUGUCUAGUAAAAAUAAUUAUAUAUGUUUAGGAGGUGAGUCCAUAUAAGCUGAAAUGAGAUAAAAAAAAGUUGGAGGAAAUGACGAUGAUUUUUUUUAAGAACGGCUUCUUUUACAGUGAAUUAUUUUCAUGAUGAAUAUUCGAAAAUUGAAUUUGUAUGUUCAGAUUUUGAUUGUCGAAUUGUCGUUUAAGCUCCGCUUUAAUUGGUGGAUGAACCAAUCAGAGAGCGAGCCAUUCAGAGAGCCUUUCUGAAUGACGUCAUUGUACUUGACAUAUAAAAUCUGAACAGACUACUGUAUGGUCAUUUAACACGCAUUCUCUGUAAUUCUCAAAAUCAACGGGUACAGAAAAAAAAAUUUUUUUUUGAUUUCAUUGAAAUUUCAACCAGUGUUAUCAUAUGACGUCAGGAUUGAAAACACGAUUUUUUGAGCUAUUUCCUCUAACCGUAACCGGGUUACGGUAGGAAGGUGGUUACCUGCGUAUCUAAGAAUUGAAAAGUUUUCUCUAGGCAAGUUGUAUAUCAAUCGAUAGGUGAUGCAAUUUUAGGAAUUUUUUCAGUACAUUCCAUCUUGGGUUACUCCUCGCGUCCAGAGUUACCGAAAAACCGACUUUCCAAACACAAAAAUUACCGUAACUCGAAAAUUCCUACAGUAACCAAAGAUGGUAUGUAUUGUAAAAGUUCCUGAAAUUGGACUACCUAUCGAUUGAUAUAUCACUUGCCUAGUAAAAACUCUUCAAUGCUUAGAUACGCUGGUGCCUACAGUAACCCCGCUACAGUAAGAGGAAAUGGCUCAAAAAGUUGCUUCCGUAUUUCUGAUGAUGGGUUAUCACUGGAUGAAGUUUCAUCAGAAUCAAAAAAAAAAACUUUUUUGUGCCCGUUGUUUUUGACAAUUACAGAGACAGCGUGGUAAGUGUACGUUGAAAAAAAAAAUUCUAAUUUCUUUUUUUUCUUUUUUUUUUUGAAACUCAGCUAUGUUAUUUAAUACAUCUUUAUGAAAUACUUUGAAAUUGUGGAAUAAUUUGUUAUUUUAAGGGUUCUAAAGACAGUUCGAUAAAAUUUUCAUAAGAUAUGAACUAUUUUCAGACCUGAACAACUUGUCGACGUUCCUGAUGACGACGCACAGCAUCUGGGCCUCGAUUUCCCUUCUCCUGAUCGUCAAACCUUACCGGGAGUUCUUCCUCGGCCUCCUCCUGUGCCGUCGGAACAACGUCAUCGAGAUCCGAACCAAUUCUUCCGUCUUUUCGGUUUAAAUCCUCCCGAUUUUGUCCCAAUCACCGCUAGCUUGUUACAGAGAAUAUUUGGAUAUUUGGCGAUUGCGUAG